UGGAGGAAAGGAUGCAGGGGGAGAUUUUUCAGCCGGGGGAAAACGCAGCUCGGGGAAAACAUUGAAUUCGUCGCUGUAUUAAGCGUUUGACCCUUUGCAGAAUACCGUUUUUUUUGUAACAUCGUAUGAUUAGGCUUUGUUUGCGUCGGUCUUUCAUUUUCAAUAAUAAAUGGUUUUGGAGCUGGCAGCGCCCGCGAGAGCAGGCCCCCUGCUGCAGCGCUGUAUCCCGCACAUCGAGCGUGUUUUCCGGGUAAGGGUCAGCCACAGCUCCGCUGAGUCAAACUGCGGCAGCGCUGUCGCCAGCAGCAGCAUUAGGCUGAAUAUCGGAGAGGGUGAAGAAGGCGACUGCAGAAAGGCAAAAGACUAUAUAGUUUCACUUGUCUCUCCGGAGCACAGAAUAAAGGAACGCUUAACAUUAGCGUUGCGUAAACGGCUGCUGACAGUGAAAUCCACCAUUGAGUAUGACUCGCAGGCUGUUGUGGAGAUAAAAGAAAAUGCUCUUGAGAUUUCGGGCGGCGAGCACAACGUAAUGACGGCCUGGUCCAUGGUGAAGAAGUUGAAAAUGGAGAAAUGGUCCUCCAGAGAAGAAGUGAACGUUCUCAGAGAGACAGCAGCAGACUGCAGCGCAGAGUCUGAGGACGGCACAAGCUCCGAGAGCGAAACUGAGCCAGCGUGCAACAAGAAGAGGGAGCCACUAAUCAACAACAAGCCCCACCGCCAGCUCUGCCGCUCCCCCUGCCUGGACCGGCCUAGCUUCUCCCAGAGCAGCAUCCUGCAGGACCUCCGAGCCGACGACGCCAGGGCAGCCAGCUGCAAGCUCAGCCUGGAUAAGGAGUACCAGGCCAAAAUGGAUUUUGCUUUGAAGCUGGGGUAUUCUGGUGAACAGAUCCAGACUGUACUUAACAAACUGGGUGCUGACGCCCUCAUUAAUGACAUUCUGGCGGAACUUGUGAGGCUGGGCAAUAAGGGCGACAUAGACACACAGAGUAACGCAUGCACGAGCUCAAGCAUGUUGGUACCUCGGGGCCCCUGUACAAAGGAAAUCGCCAGCCCAGAAAUCUCAUUGGAAGAGGAAGCAGUGGACAAUUUAGACAAUUUGAGACCAAUAGUGAUUGACGGGUCUAAUGUGGCUAUGAGUCAUGGAAACAAAGAGGUGUUCUCUUGUCGUGGGAUCCAGCUGGCUGUCGACUGGUUUCUGGAGAAGGGGCACAAAGACAUCACAGUGUUCGUGCCAGCGUGGAGGAAGGAGCAGUCCAGACCCGACGCACCAAUCACAGAUCAGGAGAUCCUGAGAAAGCUUGAAAAGGAGAAGAUUCUUGUAUUCACACCUUCACGAAGAGUCCAGGGGAGGAGGGUGGUGUGCUACGAUGAUCGCUUUAUUGUGAAGCUGGCAUGUGAAUCUGAUGGCAUCAUUGUGUCCAAUGAUAAUUACCGGGAUCUGCAGAAUGAGAAACCAGAGUGGAAGAAGUUCAUAGAAGAGCGGCUCUUAAUGUACUCCUUUGUAAACGACAAGUUUAUGCCACCUGAUGAUCCUUUGGGGCGUCAUGGUCCAAGUUUGGAAAAUUUUCUCAGAAAACGACCAGUUAUUCCUGAACAUAAGAAACAACCCUGUCCAUACGGAAAAAAGUGCACAUAUGGGCACAAAUGCAAAUACUACCACCCAGAGCGUGCUAACCAGUCACAGAGAUCAGUAGCAGAUGAGUUGCGGGCUUUUGCCAAGUUGUCUGCUGUGAAAACCAUGAGUGAAGGUGCCCUGGCAAAGUGUGGCACUGGGCCUGCCACAGCUAAAGGAGAGAGCAGCUCUGAAGUGAAACGCAUUGCUCCCAAGCGUCAGUCAGACCCCAGCAUCCGCUCAGUGGCCUGUGAGCAAGAAGAAAGGCUGUCGGCAGCUCGCAAACCUGAGGCUAGCUCUGUGCCUUCUCUUGUGUCUGCUCUCAGCGUGCCAACAAUGCAGCCAGCCAAAAGCCACGCUGCUGGUGCCUUGAACACCCGCUCCGCCAGCAGCCCCGUGCCGGGUUCUUCACAGUUCUCUCAGUGCUCGUCGCUGGAACACAUGUCUAGUGUGCAGUAUCCACCUAUCCUGGUCACCAACAGCCAUGGCACCUCCAUCAGCUACUCGGAACAAUACCCCAAGUACGACACAGGGGGUGCUGAUCACGGCUACUACUCCAUGUUGAGCGACUUCUCAAAUCUGAGCCUCGGCAGCAUGCACAACUCAGACAGUUUCUACAGCAUGGAACAGGAGCACGGCAUGUACACAAGAAACCCCAGCCCUUGCCCUGAUCCUUGUAUUAGCCAUUCGAGUAACGAAUCCUCCUACUCCUAUGGGGACAUGUACAUGAGUUCAGGGGAUGGAGGUCCAGAGGAAAACGUCAAGUGCCACCUGUCGCCUUCUCAGAACAGGCUGCAGCCAUUUUCCCAUGGCUUUCACGAGGCUUUAAAAAGAGUGCAGAGUUACGGACCCGACGAGCCCAAACAGGCGCCACGCAAGCAGUCAGUUUCUCAUCUAGCGCCGCAUGUACAGCACCCCGUGGUCGGGGCCCGUUCGAGCUGCCCUGGGGACUAUCCCAUACCUGAGAACGUCCACCCGUCCUCGACUUCACAGCCGAGUCGUGCUUUAGGCAUGACCAGGAUGGACAGUAUAUCAGACUCCAGACUCUAUGAGAGCAACCCCAUGAGACAAAGGAGGCCUCCGCUGUGCAGGGAGCAGCAUGCCAGCUGGGACCCCCUUCCCUGUGGCACUGAAUCCUAUGGGUACCACUCUUACCCCUUAAGCAGCAACCUCAUGCAGCCUUACUACGAGCGCGUGAUGGUGCGAAGCAUGCCUGAGAAGAUGGAACAGACGUGGAGGUCCCCAUGGGAAGGCAUGCCUGCAGAGCCUCAGGAACGCCAUGUUAUCCCAGAGCACCAGUACCAGACCUACCGCAAUCUCUGCAACAUUUUCCCACAGUAUAUUGUUCACUCCGUUAUGGAGAAGAAUCCUCACAUGACAGACCCCCAGCAGCUUGCAGCUGUGAUAGUCACCAAGUUAAGGUCUGGGCGUUAAAACAUUUCAUUUUGAAGGCAAAAUAAGUAUAAUAUUAUAUAUUUUACGGACAGAAAACAAC